GGACUUUUAUUCUUUAUGGCAUGCAUAGCUAUUUCUGACACAAGGUGGCUUAAGUGUGGUUGGAACGAAAACCAGCAUGCACAGUGUGCCCCCAGGACCAGGGUUGAAAACCACUGUUCUAUGGAAGUCUCCGAUAUAGGUUUACCACAUAAUAUUUGACUUCAAACAUAUACAUGAAUUGGUGGGAAUAUAGUUAUCUCAUACACAGUUGUAAUAUAUGUUUAUUAAACUGAAAUGUUACAAUGUGUUAGCUAUUCACACCUCCUUCAUGACCACGCAGUUCGUUCUUGGUUGUUCAUUAACAUCAAAGAGGAAGAUCUGGUACCAAACUGAUCAGCACCAUAGCAGAUCUGUGAAACCACUGUGCUGCUUGUGAUUCUAACAGUUACCAGUUUUAUCUCUAUUUAAAAUUAGCUGUAUGUUAUUUGUAAGAUUUUGUGAUUUUACUUGAGCAAAUCGGAUUUCUAAGUCGCUCCGUGGAUAUAGCCUAUGUUUUGGAGUGGGACCGCUCCGUCGCUUGAAGAAAUUAUAUAUCCUGCCAGUGACUACAAAUCCUUGGAAAAUUUCUACAAAUACGCAUUUUUAUCGAAUUAAUCCAUGGCUGAUUCAACAGUUUUCUAUCAGAAAACGUAAACAACCAGGGAAGACUGUAGGCUUCCUUUAUUUUUCAAAAAGUUCUAUUUUUGUGCAAUCUCUUCGGGAGUUUUUGGUCUGGUGUCUCAAGGUGUUUAAACGACAGAAUUUUUCGUUACAGUCCAAAGUGAGGGAAGUAAUUUUCUAAGAUAGCUGAUAAAUCCCUUAAGAUUUAGACGGACUACUUAUAAUUUUAAACCAGUAUUUGUCUCAACUGAGUUCUCUCUUAAUCGUUUUGACAGUUGAACAGGCAUGAAGUGUGUCUUUUUUGCAUUAAGACUGUAGAUUGCAACUCUGGAAAGUGCCUUUUCAGCUUAAUGUAGGCUGCUACAUCUCGGUCUAUCAAAAUGCUGUACCGUUGUUUGUUGUGGGUCUGUUCCAUGCUUGCGAUCACGGCCCAAAGUUUACUGGUGAGGGACUGCUUGAAGUCCGCAUAUGUUCUGAACGUGGUCCUACUGGAAGACGAUGUUUCAGAGUGGAGUCUUAAAUUUGUGAAGGCAGGAGUGGAGCGCGCAAUUGCAAUAGAGAAUCAACGCAACGCCGAAGAAGGCCUGAAUUUCAAGUUGACCGCUAACUAUUGUGGCUUCAACACAUCAUUGUACCGCCGCAGAGGCUGUGGAAGUAGCACAUGCGAGGGUGUGGAGAUACUGAAAAGACUUCAGGGUCAAAAUGAGGUAGGCUGUGCCAUGCUGGGGCCUUCCUGCACAUAUGCCACCUUUCAGUUAGUAGACCUGGAGAAUGGCUUUAAUUCGAGCGUGCCCAUCAUCUCAGCUGGCAGCUUCGGGCUGUCAUGUGACUACAAGGCCUACCUAACGCGGCUGCUUCCCCCGGCGCGUAAGAUCUCCAACCUCUUCAUCGAGUUCCUGCGCUUUGAAGAGAGCAGCCUGAAGCCGCGUUGGGAAGCGGCCUACGUCUACAAGAAACCGGAGAAUUCGGAGGACUGCUUCUGGUACAUCAACGCCCUUGAUGCCCCGUCAGCUGCAUUUAACUCAGCAAUAAGGAGGAUGGUCCUGCGCAAACCGGAGGAACUGCACUCAGCCUUCGAGAGGAAGAACAGGACGAGCAACUUGUUUAUUAUCUGUGGGACCCCCGAGGACGUUGCCAAUUUGACAGACAAUGGACGCCGUCUCGAGCCGGACAUUGUCAUCCUUCUGAUUGAUCUUUACAACCACGAGUACCACAGUGCUGCAGGCAGUCCGGCUAUGAGAAACGUGCUGGUCAUAACCAUGCCCAACAUAAGGAACUACACAGAGGGCUGGACGGACAAUGGCACGCUACCUGAGAUGAAUGACUAUGUUGCGGGGUACCAUGACGGGGUGCACCUGUUUGGUUUGGUGCUGAGGCAGAAGAUGCUCUAUGGUGAAGGCAGUGUUGAAGAGAACGCCUCAGUUGAAAACCCCUUCAAGAACAUCUCCUUCAGUGGUAUUGGUGGGCAAUAUGUGCUAGACGAACACGGAGACCGAGAUGUAAAUUUUUCGGUGAUGUACAUGUCGACCACUGACAGCCAGUAUAAAGUUCUGUUUGAGUUCGACACGUCCACCAACAACACGGCGGUCGUAGACGCUAACCCGACCUGGCACUGGAAGGGCUCGCGGCUGCCGGACGACAGGCCCGCCCAGGAGCAGGUGCUGCUGGCCACUCAGGACAUCAUCGUCAUCGUCCUGGGCAUCUCUGUGGUAGUGGUGACGGCCAUCGCCCUCAUCUUUUACAGGCGAAAUAUUAAAGACCGGCAGGCUCAAAAGCAGUGGUCCCACAUCCCUCCGGACCGGAUCACCCCUGUGGACGACAAAGACUUCAGCCUGGUCUCCCUCAAGAUUGAUGAGGACCAGAGGAAGGACAGCAUUGACAGAAUUCGCCGGGGACGCUACGAUCAAAAGCCCAUCAUUCUGAAGGAGCUGAAGAACACGGAGGGGUACUUCAGCGAGGACCAGAGGAUCGAGCUCAACACGCUCCUGCGCAUUGAUUACUACAACCUGACCAAGUUCUACGGCACGGUCAAGUUUGAGUACGGCGUGUUUGGAGUGUAUGAAUUCUGCGAGAGAGGAUCGCUGCGGUACGUGCUGAAUGACAAGAUCUCUUAUCCAGAGGAGACCUUCAUGGACCUGGAGUUUAAAAUCUCUGUCAUGCAUGACAUUGUUAAGGGCAUGUCCUACCUCCACCUGAGCAACAUCGCAGUCCACGGCCGCCUAAAAUCCACAAACUGCGUGGUGGACAGCCGCAUGGUGGUCAAAAUCACGGAUUUCGGCUGCAACAACAUCCUUCGUCCCAGCAGAGACCUGUGGACGGCCCCGGAGCACCUGCGUAACCCCGGGACCUCCCAGAGGGGAGACGUGUACAGCUUCGGCAUCAUCAGCCAGGAGAUCCUGCUGAGGAAGUGCACCUUCUACACCGCCGCGUGUGCCGAUCGAGCGGAGAAGACAUACAGAGUGCAGUUCCCGGACUCCAGCUUCUUCUUCAGGCCCGACCUGAAUUUGGAGUCGGCAGGGGAGAGAGAGCGGGAGCUGUGUGGGCUCAUUAAGAACUGCUGGGAUGAGGACCCAGAGAAGAGGCCGGAUUUCAAGAAGAUAGAAAGCUGUCUGGUCAAGAUCAGCAGCCUGCACAGCCAGGGCAAUGAGAGCUACAUGGACAGCAUGAUCCGGCGGCUGCAGAUGUACUCACGCAACCUGGAGCACCUGGUGGAGGAGAGGACGGCCCUGUACAAGGCCGAGAGGGACCGAGCCGACCAGCUCAACUUCAUGCUGCUGCCUGGGCCUGUGGUACAGUCCCUGAAGGAGCGUGGCUGUGUGGAGCCAGAGCUGUUUGACGAGGUGAGCAUCUACUUCAGCGACAUCGUGGGCUUCACCACCCUGUGCCAGUACAGCACGCCCAUGGAGGUGGUGAACAUGCUGAAUGACAUCUACAAGAACUUCGACAGCAUCCUCGACAACCACGACGUCUACAAGGUGGAGACGAUCGGUGAUGCGUACAUGGUGGCGUCGGGGCUGCCCAACAGGAAUGGGAACAGGCAUGCGGUGGACAUCUCCCGCAUGGCGCUGGACAUCCUGUCCUUCAUGGGCACCUUUCGGCUGCAACACCUGCAGGAGCUGCCCGUGUGGAUCCGCAUCGGGGUGCACUCAGGUCCCUGUGCAGCAGGGGUGGUGGGAAUUAAGAUGCCCCGAUACUGCCUGUUUGGAGACACAGUCAACACAGCCUCACGCAUGGAGUCUACAGGCCUGCCACUGAGGAUUCACGUCAGCCAGCCCACUGUCAGCAUCCUCCAGCGGACAGACUGCCAGUUUGUGUUUGAGAGGCGGGGGGAGACCUACCUGAAGGGCAGAGGCACGGAGACCACCUACUGGCUGACAGGGGUCAAAGGUCAGGAGUAUAACCUUCCUGUUCCCCCAACGGCGGAGAACUUCCAGCGGCAGCAGCAGGAGCUGGCCCACAUGAUCGAGUCCUGCCUGGAGAAGCGCUCGCUGGGCGGCGGCAGGAAGGAGCAGCGGAAAACCCUCUCCACGCGCCAGAGGAGGAGGGAGAAGGAGGACGGUCAAGGUGACCAGCAGCCCGAGUACCUGCACCUGGUGGACAACCUCAUCACACACAUGUAGGCCCUCACUCAGACCAGCACUUACAUGUAGGCCCUCACUCAGACCAGCACUUACAUGUAGGCCCUCAUCCAGAACAGCACAUAUAUGUAGAUCCCCAUCCAUACCAGCACAUACAUGUAGAUCCCCAUCCAUACCAGCACAUACAUGUAGAUCCCCAUCCAUACCAGCACAUACAUGUAGAUCCCCAUCCAUACCAGCACAUACAUGUAAAUCCCCAUCCAUACCAGCACAUACGUGUAGACCCUCACAUACAUGCAGACCCUCAUCCAGACCAGCAAAUACAUGCAGACCUGCAUUCAGAAAAGCACGUACAUGUAGACCCUCAUCCAGAACAGCAAAUACAUGUAGACCCUCAUCCAUACCGGCACAUACAUGUAAAACCCCAUUCAUACCAGCACAUACAUGUAAAUCCCCAUCCAUACCAGCACAUACAUGUAGACCCUCACAUACAUGCAGACCCUCAUCCUGACCAGCAAAUACAUGCAGACCUGCAUUCAGAAAAGCAUGUACAUGUAGACCCUCAUCCAGAACAGAAUACAUGUAACUCGAUCCAUACCAGCACAUACAUGUAAAACCCCAUUCAUACCAGCACUACAUGUAAAUCCCCAUCCAUACCAGCACAUACAUGUAGACCCUCACAUACAUGCAGGCCCUCAUCCUGACCAGCAAAUACAUGCAGACCUGCAUUCAGAAAAGCAUGUACAUGUAGACCCUCAUCCAGAACAGCAAAUACAUGUAGACCCUCAUCCAUACCAGCACAUACAUGUAAAACCCCAUCCAUACCAGCACAUACAUGUAUACCCUCAUCCAGACCAGCAAAUACAUGCAGACCUGCAUUCAGAAAAGCACAUGCGUGUAGACCCUCAAUCAGUAGAACACAUACGUAGUUUAGCUAAACAGCUGCUAAAACACCUUAUCUGCACUUUACAUUAAGCUCUCACAUUAAUAACUCUCUUAAGAAAAGCCUUCCUAUGGAAAAUGAGGUCUCAUUCACAUACAGGACACACUUGUACCUUAUGGAAAUAGGGCAGAAAAAAUAUUCUAUAACACUGCUUGUAUUAUAUUACUUAGUUGUACUCAUGGAUAUUUGACUUGCAUUGCAGAAUUAGUUAACUUAUGGUUUAACUUUUGUCAACUCUUUCAUUAAGUUAAGAAUGUUAUUUGUUUUCUUAUUUCAAAAGUCACCUUAUAUAAAUCAGCUGGUUUCCUUAUAACUACUAAAAAUUAAUACAGGUUUCAGUUUAGAUCAAACAAGCAAUAUAAAUGUAUUCUGUUUCAAAGAAUGAUCACUAAGUUGAAUGUCUGUAUGAUCACAGUAUUGUGCUUAUUUGUCAAGAUGUUUGUGUAAAAUAUAUUUUUAAUUCCAAAUUUUCA